ACAACAUCAUCUGCAGCAGAAGUCUGUCACAGCUCUGCUAAUUAUAAACAUAUUGUAGAAGUUUUUUCAAGACAAAGGAAUAUCUUUGAAACUUUUAAGGAGCUAAAACUGUCUAAGAGCAUUGUGCCUGAUAUUCUGAAAAGUAGACAAGAGACAACUUUACAACAUUUCAAAACUGACUGCUAAUUCACUUGGUAUGACAUCAACCUUAUACGGAUAUAAAACUGCAUCCAUGGCAUCCGAAUGUAAGUUGUCAGUAAACACUUUUUCGCUCUGAUUCAGAUUGCUGCACAUACAUUGACCUAAUUAAAAGUUGGACUGACACUGUAACUGACUGGAAUGAAGGACAGCGUAUUUAUUCCCAGCUGACCAAGAGUCCAUUGUACAACAAACCAUGAAGAUAUGAAGUCUUCUUAAAAUACAAAAGAAUGAAUGUGAAUGGAAGUUUGCCAUACAACUCCAGUGGAAAAUGUCCACGGGAUACAAGAAUGACACAGGUGAUAUUCCCUUUACUCUACACCCUGCUUUUCUUUGCUAGUAUCAUACUCAACACUCUCACUGGAUGGAUUUUCUUCCGCAUGUCAUCACGGACACCUUUCAUCAUCUUCCUGAAGAACAUCGUGUUAGCAGACCUAACAAUGACCCUUACGCUGCCAUUCAAAAUUCUUACCGAUUCAGGACUAGCAUCUUGGCAACUGAAAGCUUUUGUAUGCCGUGUUUCUGCUGUAAUUUUCUAUAAUACUAUGUACAUCAGCAUAGUAUUCUUAGGGUUGGUAAGUCUUGAUAGAUAUGUGAAAAUUGUGAAACCGUUUGGAAAAUCUAUGAUGCAAAGUACUGCUUUUGCAAAGGCCCUUUCAGCGGCAGUAUGGGUAAUUUUGUUCCUUGUGUCCUUUCCAAAUAUGAUUUUGUCAAACAAAGAAGCUACUCCAACAUCUGUAAAGAAAUGUGCUUGGCUGAAGAGUCCUCUGGGUCUGCAGUGGCAUUUAGCUGUCAGUUACAUUUGCCAAACAAUAUUCUGGGCCGUUUUUUUGUCUAUGUUUAUAUUUUACCUCAGUAUGGCAAAGAAGGUUUAUGAGUCAUAUGCAAAAUCUAAGAGUAAGGAUAAAAGAGCCAAAAAGGAAGCCCAACUUCGUAUGUUCAUAAUAGUAACUGUUUUUUUCAUCUGCUUUGCUCCAUAUCACUUUUGCAGACUGCCAUACACACAUAGUCAGACUGGACAAGUAAGUGACUGUAAGUUACAAAACCAGUUGUACAUUGCAAAGGAAAGUACUCUUUGGUUGUCUGCAACAAACAUUUGCUUGGAUCCCUUGAUUUACGUAUUUGUCUGCAAGUUAUUCAGAAAUAUGCUAAUAAGAGCUCUGAAGUUAAAGCCUGCACAUGCAAGAUAUGAAGCAUCAGUGAAUACUUCCACAGAAAUGACCCCAAAUAUUACCGAUACAUCUUUGUAGUGAGACAAAUCACUGUGCAUUUUUAUUAGAGUGGUAGGACAUUUAGACAGCAAUAGCGGUCAUGCAUAUGUUGCGGUCACAAUUUAAAUGGAAAUUGUAAGAUUAAAUGAAAACAAUGAAAUAAAUAUAUUCAAUGCAUUUUUCAAAGCAUUCUCUGUUAUAUAAUAUAAUGAGCUGUGGUAUGAUAAUCUUUACAGGGCAAAGAGAAAAAAAUAAUAUUUAAAUAGUGGGAUAUUCUAAAAACUAUAAGAAAAAUCUUACUACAAAGAUCUUCAAAUUACUGUACCAUUUUUGAGAUUUUAAGACACCAAAGUUAGCUAAAUAAUGUGUAUUUCAUGUAUUUUAGACUUUUGAAAUAGUUUAUCACAACUAACAGUAAAAUAAACUAAUUUAAAAUCAA